AUACAAAGAAGAACAGCGCCUAUUUUUAACCCUUCAAAUCCCAUAUAUAUCACCUAUCUCCAUUGAAGCAUAAUUCAAAAAGGCACUAGUUACUCUUCUUCCCUUCAUUUUCUCCUUUUUGUAUUUUCAGAAUCCAGUUUUAGCAGAUCGAAUCAAGAUGAAUGGAUCUUCUUCUGAAAUCUCACCUGCCAACAGGCUUGAAGGAAAGGUAGCUGUGAUCACCGGAGGAGCUAGUGGCAUAGGGGCUGGCACUGCAAAGUUGUUCGUUAGAAACGGAGCCAAAGUAGUGGUUGCAGAUGUCCAAGAUGAGCUUGGCCACAAUCUUUGCAAACAGCUUGGCUCUGAAGAUAUUAUCUCUUACGUCCACUGCGACGUCACAUCUGAUUCUGAUAUGAAAAAUGCUGUGGAUUUGGCCGUAUCCAAGUACGGAAAGCUUGAUAUCAUGUUUAGCAAUGCUGGUAUUGCAGGUGGCAUGGAUAAUACAAUUUUAGGCACAGAUAAUGAUGAUUUCAAUAGGGUAUUCGAAAUCAAUGUGUUUGGUGGUUUCCUGGCAGCUAAACAUGCUGCCAGAGUCAUGAUUCCGGCAAAAAAGGGCUCCAUCCUUUUUACUUCUAGUAAUUCUGCAGCAACUUGCUUGUGCGCUCCUCAUCCUUAUGCCACAUCAAAACACGCACUCAACGGUUUAGCCAAGAACUUGUGUGCAGAGCUGGGACAAUAUGGGAUAAGAGUGAAUUGUAUUUCUCCAUUUGGAGUGAUAACUCCAUUUCUAUUGCAAUCUUUUGGGCUGACGGAGGCCAACGAGAUGAUCACGAACAAGAUUCACCAAGCGGUUUCCUCUGCAGCAAUCUUGAAAGGGGAGAUAUUGGAAGUGGAAGAUGUAGCAGAAGCAGCGGUUUACUUGGCAAGCGAUGAGUCCAAGUUUGUGAGCGGCAUGAAUUUGGUUAUCGAUGGAGGCUAUAGUAUUGCUAAUCCUGCAAUUGCCAAUGCGCUAAAAAGCUUAGCAUCUUCUUGAGAGCCUGUGUUGUUUAUUUAGUGGCAUAUCCGAUUCCACCUUUUUGGGCAAAAAGUUGGAGGUUCCUUAUAAGUAUGUGAAUCAAAUUGUACGCUGUCACCAAUAUUAUAAUAAUAAUAAUAAUUUUUUCUUUCUUA